CUCACUGUGAACCCAUUACCCUGGAGCUGUGCCUGAACCUGCCCUACAACCUCACCACCUACCCCAACUACCUGGGACACCUGUCCCAGAGAGAGUCCUCCGUGUCCUGGGAGUCCUCACUGUUCCCGGCCCUGGUCCAGACCGGCUGCUACCAGUACCUCAUGUUCUACGCCUGCACGCUGCUCGUACCCAAGUGUGACCCCCUCAGCCUGCAGAGGGUCCCGCCCUGCAGGUCUUUGUGUCGUAACGCUAAGGAGAAAUGUGAGUCGGUUCUGGGGAUCGUGGGUCUGCAGUGGCCCGAGGACUCAGACUGCAGCCAGUUUCCAGAGGAGGGAGGGAACUCCAGCUGCCUGCUGCCGGAGGACGGUGUGGACGAGUGCUCCCCCAGCCACUUCAAGUGUCAGUCGGGUCGCUGCGUCCUGGGGACCAAACGUUGUGACGGACACCUGGACUGUGACGACCACAGCGACGAGGACAACUGUGGAUGUUCUGAGCGCGCUCUGUGGGAGUGUCCCGGCAGCAAGGUCUGCAUCAAACCCAGUAUGAUCUGUGACGGGUUCCCAGACUGCCCCCUGCUGGUGGACGAGGCCAACUGCUCGGUGUGCAGAGACAACGAGCUGUCCUGUAACAACCAUCAGUGUGUCCACCGGACCCUGUGGUGUGAUGGACACCAGCACUGCUCCGACAGCUCCGACGAGUGGAACUGUGUGUCUCUGUCCGACCGGUCCGGUCCGGUUCUGACCGUGUUCAGGACCGCGGCAGAGUAUCAGGUCUGUGCAGACGAGUGGAACCAGGACCUGAGCAGGCUGACUUGUGCCCAGCUGGGUCUAGGGGUCCCCUCCUCUGUUUCCAUGGUACCAGACCAGCCCGGAGUCCCGGGACGUCGGCGGUGGUUACAUGUUCAUCCAGACUGGAAUCUGAGGAACGGUUCUGCCCUGCAGGCCCGACUGGAGAAGAGAAGCCACGCAUGUCUUUCCAGACGCAGAGUUUCAGUUCUUUGUUCCAGAGAAGAGUGUGGUCUCCGUCCAGCUCUGAGUCUCCGUCCUCACAGGAAGAAACGGAUCCUGGGGGGUCGGGUGUCACGCCGGGGGGCGUGGCCGUGGCAGUGCUCACUACAGAGUGGUCAGAGCGGACACGUCUGCGGCUGCGUCCUCAUCGCUCGGAGGUGGGCUCUCACCGUUGCUCACUGCUUCGAGGG